AUGCUCUGUAGGUCGUGCCGCCGCGUAAUUGCGGUUUCCAAAACCUCCCCGAACCACAUCAUCGCCAGAGCUUCCACCACAAGCCUCCCGAUCGCGACAAGGCAUUACUCCUCCCAAUCUGCCUCAGUGGCCCGAUCGAGCCCUUUUUCCGCCUUCGUCACCCGAUCACCAUUCCAAAACACCCAGACGAGCUCGAAGCGAUUUUACUCCUCAGAGACGUCCACAUCGCCAGCUCUCGAGAAGCCCGACCACCUCGACACUGCGGAAUCGACGAUAUGGGAUAAGCUGGUUACCGAAUUCGCACCCUCGGAGCUGAUCGUGCAGGACGUGUCGGGUGGCUGCGGCUCCAUGUACGCCAUCGACAUCACCUCGGCCAAGUUCAAGGGCGCAAACAUGCUGAAGCAGCAGCGCAUGGUUAACGCCGUGCUGGGCGACAUGAUGAAGCAGUGGCACGGCGUCCAGCUGCGCACCAAAGCGCCUUGA